UGUUGUUGAUAUCCUGGGGCCACCCUAGUUAAAGGGGGGAAAUCCGGGGGCUGCCGCAGCCGCCACGGGUCUGGGCCCAGCCGGGGCACCCCUGUAGUCGCCGUUGCCCCGGGGAGAGGUGCCUGCCCCCAGCUCGGGGAGGGGGCGCCGCGGGCCUGGGGAGCACGGACAACCCCUACCCAUGAGGCCCUGAUGGAAAACACAAAGGAUCUGAGUCGGAAGAAGCGUUAGAGGUCACCCAAAGCCGCCGUCCCCUCCGCAGCCUCUCUGACAAGUGCUUUUCAGGUUCAUACUUAAGGAUUCAUAGCUUUCUUCUGAAGAACUGAAAGUCCAUUCAUGUGAAUUAUUUAUUUUAUCAUACAUCCUUUCUGUGUGAUUGAACAUUAUUCACGAUCCCAAAGGAAAAGAAGAGACUCGUUCGGGAUGUUUGACGGUUAUGAUAGCUGCAGUGAGGACACAAGUAGCAGCUCCAGCUCUGAGGAGAGUGAAGAGGAAGUUGCUCCUUUACCUUCUAAUCUCCCAAUUAUCAAAAACAAUGGACAAGUCUACACGUACCCAGAUGGCAAAUCUGGCAUGGCUACCUGUGAAAUGUGUGGGAUGGUUGGUGUGCGAGAUGCUUUUUACUCUAAAACAAAGCGUUUCUGCAGUGUUUCAUGUUCAAGAAGUUAUUCGUCUAAUUCCAAGAAGGCAAGCAUUUUGGCCAGACUUCAGGUAACGGGUAAGCCUCCAACAAAGAAAGCAAAAGUUCUUCAGAAACAACCUUUAGUUGCUAAACUAGCCGCAUAUGCUCAGUAUCAAGCUACCUUGCAAAAUCAAGCAAAGACUAAAACAGUAGUCUCCAUGGAAGGUUUCAGCUGGGGUAACUACAUCAAUAGCAAUAGCUUUAUAGCAGCUCCAGUUACCUGCUUUAAACAUGCACCUAUGGGGACCUGCUGGGGUGAUAUCUCAGAAAAUGUGAGAGUAGAAGUUCCCAAUACAGACUGCAGCCUACCUACCAAAGUCUUCUGGAUUGCUGGAAUUGUAAAAUUAGCAGGUUACAAUGCCCUUUUAAGAUAUGAAGGAUUUGAAAACGACUCUGCUCUGGACUUCUGGUGCAAUAUAUGUAGUUCCGAUAUCCGUCCAGUUGGCUGGUGUGCAGCCAGUGGGAAGCCUCUUGUCCCUCCUAGAACUAUUCAUCAUAAGUACACGAACUGGAAAGCUUUUCUAGUGAAACGACUUACUGGUGCCAAAACACUUCCUCCCGACUUCUCACAAAAGGUUUCAGAAAGUAUGCAGUAUCCUUUCAAACCUUGCAUGAGAGUAGAAGUGGUUGACAAGAGACAUUUGUGUCGAACACGAGUAGCAGUGGUGGAAAGUGUGAUUGGAGGACGGUUAAGACUAGUGUAUGAAGACAGCGAAGAUAAAACAGAUGACUUCUGGUGCCAUAUGCACAGCCCACUCAUCCAUCACAUUGGCUGGUCUCGAAGCAUAGGCCAUCGAUUCAAAAGAUCUGAUAUUACAAAGAAACAGGAUGGACAUUUUGAUACACCACCACAUUUAUUUGCUAAGGUAAAAGAAGUGGACCAGACUGGGGAAUGGUUCAAGGAAGGAAUGAAAUUGGAAGCUAUAGACCCAUUAAAUCUUUCCACAAUAUGUGUGGCAACCAUUAGAAAGGUGCUGGCUGACGGAUUCCUAAUGAUUGGGAUCGAUGGCUCAGAAGCAGCAGAUGGAUCUGACUGGUUCUGUUAUCAUGCAACCUCCCCUUCUAUUUUCCCUGUUGGUUUCUGUGAAAUUAACAUGAUUGAACUUACUCCACCUAGAGGUUACACUAAACUUCCUUUUAAAUGGUUUGACUACCUCAGGGAAACUGGCUCCAUUGCAGCACCAGUAAAACUAUUUAAUAAGGAUGUUCCAAAUCACGGAUUUCGUGUCGGAAUGAAGUUAGAAGCAGUAGAUCUCAUGGAGCCACGUUUAAUAUGUGUAGCCACAGUAACGCGAAUCAUUCAUCGCCUCUUGAGGAUACACUUUGAUGGAUGGGAAGAAGAAUAUGACCAGUGGGUAGACUGUGAGUCUCCUGACCUCUAUCCUGUAGGGUGGUGUCAAUUAACUGGAUAUCAACUACAGCCUCCAGCAUCACAGUCGACAAGAGAAAGCCAAUCAGGUUCAUCAAAACAGAAGAAAAAGGCUAAGUCCCAGCAAUACAAAGGACAUAAGAAAAAGAGGAAGAUGCCAAUUGGGAAGAAGCCUGUCAGUUUGUCGAGCCUGCCCAUGACAGGUGGGGUGCGGAGGAGCUUCUCUGGUGACGAAGAGUUGACUCCUCCUCCAUAUCGAACCCUUCCAGCACAGACAGCCCUGGAGGCCUUCCCACCUCCCAGCACUAGCCGAGAGUUCAGUCCCAGCCUCAAAACAGUGACUACGUUGCAGCUGAAAGAGGAGUUGAUAGAUGGAGAGGACUAUAAUUUCCUGCAAGGAGCAUCUGAUCAGGAAAGCAAUGGCUCUGCCAACUUCUACAUCAAACAGGAGCCCUGAGGGGGCUCAGAACUGCGGGUGGGAGGGGAGACUUUUACACAGGACUGAUUUGUAAUCAAUCCAGCUGUACAGCGGGGCUAUUCUACUGGGAAAUUUUGCUAAACAUAGAGAAUUUCAGUUCCAGAUUUUUCAGGUGGGCGGGGAAACUAUUUUAGUCGUGGGGGGAAAUUUUUCAAUUUAUAAAGAUGGACAAUUUUUGUGUUGUAUUUGAAGCUUUUGAAAGAAUUUUGUAAUAUUUUACACGUUUGGAUUUAUGUGCAUUGUUAACAAGAACUGAAAUUCUAACUUUUUUGGUAAGAUUAAAGUUUAGGUAGCAGGACUGAAGGAAAUGAUUUAAGAAGGAUAUAGUUGUAAAUGCAAGUGAACUGUCAAUACAAAUGAACCUUUUUGGUACCUGUUGGGAGAUUUGGGGAUUUUAGAAGUCAGGCCAGUCACAUCUCCAGCUUCCUUUGCUGCAGAAAUAUGCAACUGAACCCCCUCCGGGAGGGGUCAUCACCACAUGGAUCAUGGAAGGGGUGAUUAAUUCUGCUUGUCGGCAUUUUUAUCGCAGCCCAUUUUAAAUGUUUGUACAGAAAUGUUUUUCAUUCUGUGAACAUUUAUUUGGAGUUCUAUAUGAAACUGGAAGAACUCUGGAUACUUUUAUGUUCUCCUUUAAUUAAAAAAUGAUAAAAAUGAUCCUAACACUAAAGUGUUAAACUGGAAUGGUUGACCAGAUAUACAGGAUGUCAUUCUACAAGUUGAGGGGUAGGGAAAAAUGCAACAUUGUUCUAAGUUUAUUUUAUUUUCCUUACCAAAAAGUACCCCACAAAAGGGAUUUUGAUUAGUUCUCUGCCACUUCCCUCCAUCUGUGAGAUAAUACUUGGUAUAACCACACCCCAAAACAGAUGUUCUGUAUUAUCAGGAGAAUCAAAUUCAAAGUUGUUUAAAGCCAAAAUAAGUUUAGAUUUCAAAAUCAUUCCAGCUCUGCUUUUAACUAUCCUGGAUUUGUUAGAAAACUAAUUUGAAAGAGAAUUUAAUUUCUUAAAAUUCCAUAUAUAUCUAUAUAGUAUGAGCUGUCUUUAUUUGUGUUCAGGAUUAGUUUUAACAAUAAUAACUGAUUUGGACCAUUUUGAACAUUCCCUAUUUUAAAAUUCGUAUGGCUUCCUUUCAACAAAGGAUCUAAGGGUAAACUGGUGAAAGGUUUGCUCUCUGCAUUUUCUAACUUUGAGUUGUGACUGAAUGAGAGAGCUCUAGCGUUUACCAGUGAGGUUCAUAAACUAAACUCUCAGGAAUUACUGCAUCUGUUCUAGAAGUGCUUCUGGGUCUUAGCCUGGCCUCUUCAGAGUGGGAUAGUGAGCAUCUGCUCUGGAAUAUAGGUAGGGCUCAUUAGAAAUUAAUCAAAAUGAUUAAACUCUACAGUCCUUCAACCUAUGGAAUGCUUUAAAAAAUGUUAUGGAAAGCCCCAGGAGACGUUUAGGUAAGAUUUUUGUUUGAAUUUUAAAGUGCAUAGAACAUUAAAAACCAGCAAUUUAUUUUCUAAAAUAAUGCUCUACUUUUGGGAAUAAUAGCAUUGGUAAUACGCACAGGUUUACCUCAUUCUAUGCAAGAGGGGUUAAUAACAUAAGGUUUUGUAGUUGCUACUGGAAGUAAAAUUUGUUGCUUUAUGAUGUAAGAAUGUAUGGAAUCGCAUGUCAACAUUUCUUAAUACUGACUCUUUAGGGGCAUAAAUGCAGAUCAUAUCAACGUCAAGUUGAUCCUCAUGUGUCAAAUAUAUGUGAAAUUCAGCUGUUAAAUUACUGGAUGUUUAUCUUAAACAACAUUACUGAGAGGGACCUACUGUAAAUGUGACAUCCUCACACUUCCCAAAUCUUUAACUUUUAAGGAUCUUCCCGUAAACUUAAAGCCUAGAAGACUUCCAAAGCAAGAGUUAAACCAUCUUUAUUCUCAGACUCAGUGAAUUAACCCCAGGACUCCGAUUUCAUGAGCUGGGCACAAGAAGCCCGUCGCAUGGCUUGCUCUUCCAGUACCUUGGGCUCAGAGGCUCAACAGGGAACUGAGUAAGUGAGGAGGGAUUUGACUUGGAGCCUGGUAAUUAGUUCUGUGAAAUGCUCACUGAAGUUUAUAAGCUUCCGGUUCUAGAGCAAAGCCAGGCUCUGAGUGUGUGUUCAUUUCCCACCGAUUCGUGAAGGUGUUUCUUGUCUUGAUCCCAUGGCCACAGUUAAAGGUUGGUAGGACUUCGUACAGUCUCAACACAAUCUGCAGCCCUCUUUGUUGCUCAGACUCUUUAACUCCUGCUGCCAGUGAACAGAAAGUAAGUUCCUGCAGAGGAGAUUUCCGUAUUAGCCAUAACUCCAGUUGUACAACUCAGCCCCAUUAUCUUUUACGGUUCAAAAUGUACUGCUGACCUUGGGUUUGUUUUUGUUUUUUCCCUGUUAGGAUUAUUUGGGGCUUUUGGUAGUUUAAAUUCUUUAACCUUUUCUUUGCUGUGUAUGAGGAAAGCUAAAGCUGUUAUCAACUUCUUAUUCUACGGAUACUAACACGGGUUUUCAGUGUUUGUUUGUUGUUAUUAUUAUUAAUUUUGCGUGAUGUGAAUACCCUCUCCCAUCAAUAUUUGUAUUAUGGUGCUAUAUAUUUGGUAAUGAUCCUUUACUAUUGGGAAGGGAUUUUAAAAAUACUGUGAUUAAACUGGGUUUCUUCCUUUGAUUUUCAUAUUUUAAAUAAAGCCACAGUCAUUUAUACAAAAGAAAAGCAUCUGUCCCUGGGCAAGUCUUUGGAGGACAGAGGUCAAAGUAAACUGCAUAAGGUUUUUACAUCAUUUCUGUAUGUAUUUGAUAUAUAGACCAAUAUCUGUACAAAUUUAAUCUUUUAUUUUCUUGGUAACUUGUGAUCAUUGAGAAAGUAUUUGAAACUUUCUCAGGAAGUGUAUAUAAUGGCGUGAAAAAUUCUUCGGAGAAAUUUAUGUUCCUUUCAUUUUUACCAAAUUGCAAAUUUCCAGCAUGAAUGUGAAAGCAUUAAAAUUAUAACUUUGUGUACAAGAUGAAAAUAAUUCACUAAAUUUGCCCUUUUUUACACAAAAUAAAAUGUUAAAGUUAA